AUGUCGAGAAGGCAGCGUGCCGCGGUGCAACCAGAGCAGACGAUUGCACCACAGAUUGUGUUUGACAAGUCCCACAUGGUGUGUGUGCGCUCUGCUGAUGGUCAGUUCUUCUUGCUGGAUCGAAACUGUGCGAUGGUUAGUGGCGUACUGCGGCGCUUUUUGCAGAGGAAAGGUUGUGAAGAAGAGCCCUGUACUGUUGUUACAGCUACUGCAACUAUUGCUACUACAACUUCCACUACUACUAAUACCACCACUCCUGCUGCUGCUGCUGCUGUCACUCUACCUGUUUUACCAUCGUUGUCAUCACCUCCGCCUGAAUCUUGUGACCUCACACGAAUUGGAACUGAAACCUACGAGACCAUUAUAUUAGAAGAGAUACGAAGUGAUCUACUAGAACUCGCAAUACAGGCGAUGUAUUUUAAGUACAGAUACGACGGUGAACCAGAGAAACGUCCAUUGGAGGUGCAUCACUCUGCAGAGAUGAGGCACCGAUUGGCGGCGGUUAGUGUGUUGCUUGAUAUGUAA